GGAUCCUGUCCUCGCAGCCAGAAGAAAAUCCCCACUGGUGGAAUGCAAACAUGGUAUUCAUCCCCUAUUGCUCAAGUGAUGUUUGGAGCGGGGCCUCUUCCAAGUCUGAGAAAAAUGAAUAUGCCUUCAUGGGAGCACUGAUCAUUCAGGAGGUUAUAAAGGAGCUGGUGGGAAAAGGUCUGAGCACUGCAAAGGUGUUGCUGCUGGCAGGAAGCAGUGCUGGAGGGACAGGAGUGCUCCUGAAUGUGGAUCGAGUGGCAGAGCAGCUGGAGGAGAUGGGUUAUCAAGGGAUUCAGGUUCGAGGCUUGGCAGACUCUGGAUGGUUCCUGGAUAACAAACAGUAUCGUAGAACCGACUGUAUCGAUACCAUAACGUGUGCUCCAACAGAGGCCAUCCGAAGAGGAAUAAGAUACUGGAAUGGCAUUGUUCCCGAACGCUGUAAGCUGCAGUUUAAAGAGGGAGAGGAAUGGAAUUGCUUUUUUGGAUACAAGAUUUACCCCACUCUUCGAUGUCCAGUCUUUGUUGUCCAGUGGCUUUUUGAUGAGGCCCAGCUUACUGUAGACAAUGUACACCUCACUGGCCAGCCUGUUCAGGAGGGGCAGUGGCUCUACAUCCAGAAUCUGGGUAGGGAGCUGAGAAACACCUUGAAGGAUGUGACCGCGAGCUUUGCUCCUGCCUGUUUGUCUCACGAGAUCAUCACACGCAAUCACUGGACAGACAUCCAGGUGAAGGGGACAUCGUUACCCCGUGCCCUGCACUGCUGGGAUCGGAGCCUGCAUGAGAGCAACAAAAAUGGGAAGGCCCCUUUGAAAGGCUGCCCAAUUCACCUGAUUGACAGCUGUCCAUGGCCUCACUGCAACCCCUCGUGCCCCACGAUCAGGGACCAGUUCACAGGGCAGGAGAUGAAUGUGAUCCAGUUCCUCAUGCACAUGGGGUUUGAUGUUCAGAAGAUGGCACAGCAGCAGGGCCUGGAGCCCAGUAAACUCCUGGGGAUGCUCAGCAGUGGUAACUAGGGAGGGCUCAUCAGAGGGGCAGAGAUUAGAUCAGGAGGAGAGAGACUCUCAGCCCUUCUCCCACACUUUCUAAUCUUCUUCCUUCCGCUCCUGCAGGCAGAUGCAUGCUCAUACCCACGCACGUGCACACCUGUGCACACCCACGUGCUCCCACACUCCUGCACACUUAGGGUGUGUCAAGAACAAAACGACAAAGAAAAAAGGCAAUUUCUUGCUUACACUGUUUGGCUGGAACUUGUUCCCUCCAAACUCCAGGGCUGUUUCAGCUGGUCACAUCCUCUUCCUGUGUUACACAAGGCAAUCGGAUACAGGGAGUAGCAAAGCCAUAAAUAGCAGCGAUGAAAACCUUCCCCAGAUCUGGGACGUCUUCCCUUGCCAUGAGUUUUACAUCAUAGACUUGAUACAAGUGGUGAAAAAAAAAGCAAGCACUGGAUUUCUUCUGUCCAACUAGAAGUGGAGGAAUGAUUACAUGACUUCCUGGAGGUCACCAUCUCAUGCUGAGUCACAGCAGACAGACCCAGGACACGUGCUAGGGAUGGACACUCUUGUACUCAAUUUAUUCAUAUUAUUUUAUAAAAUGACUUUUUUUAUUACUUUUUUUUUUAAACUAAGCAAGAAAUAUAAAUGAUAUUGUUUUGUAACAUAUUUUUUUUAAAUAACGAAGAAACCUCUUGCUACUUUGGCAAAGUGGACAUAUUUAUUUUAAUAUGUAAAACGCUAUUUAUAAGGGCUGACCAGAGAACCAUACCUAUGUCUUUGUAAAGUUGUAUAUGCUGCUCGUUUGGAUGGGUUAUCCUGAUGGUCACUUGUGCCUGGGAGAGGGCUAAGGGUGGUGUUGACAUUUUGUAUUAAUUAGACUUCUGUGUUCCCCUCGCA